CAUCUUAAACUUCACUCCACAACCAAAACCUAGAACCACCUGGUUAUAACCCUGGGUAUCAAUAUGAAAGGUCUCAAAACUCAUGUGUAUGGUUUGAGCCACACAAAAAUCCCAAGGGUACCAAAGUGUAAUAACCAACUUUCAACUGCUCAUUUCCCAACAAUAUAUGUUGGGUUGACCAGAACACUUAAUCCAGAACCUGUUAGACUUAUGUCUGGUCCUGAGUGCUGCCAAAACCCACCGGCGAUCUCCUCCGGUGGAGAAUCCGGUGAACUUUUGCAAAUUAGAUCUCUCAAUUCUUAUGUUUCCGGCAACCCUGAUUCCAAAGUCGCCGUUCUUCUUGUUUCUGAUGUUUUUGGUUAUGAAGCUCCGAAACUGAGGCAACUCGCAGACAAAGUUGCAGCUGCUGGAUAUUAUGCAGUUGUUCCUGAUUUCUUCCAUGGUGACCCGUUGACUUCUAUAAACAAGUUAGGAGAUUGGCGAAAAAAUCAUGCACCUGAGCAAGCAGUUGAAUUUGCUAAACCAGUUAUACAUGCUUUAAAAGAGAAGGGUAUAACUAAAAUUGGGGCUGCAGGUUUUUGUUGGGGCGCUAAGGUGGUUGUAGAGCUAGCAAAGGAUGCUGAAAUACAAUUUGCUGCACUUUUGCAUCCUUCGUUUGUCACGUUAGAUGAUAUCAAGGGGGUGAAGGUCCCGACUGGGAUACUGGGCGCUGAGAUCGACAAAAUGUCUCCGCCAGAACUCGUCAAAGAAUUCGAGGCUGCACUAGUCGCAAAUGAGGUUAAUAGCUUUGUAAAAAUAUAUCCUGGUGUAUCGCAUGGCUGGACCAUUCGGUAUAAAGAUGAGGAUGCAGCAGAAGUGAAAUGUGCACAAGAGGCUCAUCAGGAUCUUGUGGAAUGGUUUGGGAAGUGUCUUUAGACAAAUUAUUCAGUCUGUAAAAUCCUAAACAUGUUAUAAAAGAGAGAUACACAUGUUUGUGAAGAUCCUUGAUAACUAAAUAAAGUGUGUUUGAAGAUAUUAAGCUCUAA